AUUGUUAUAUUGUUACAUGCGCAGUAUAGUUGCGUUAAGCCAUGCGCAAUCGAUAUCAAAAGUUUUAGCCGUCAUCUGUUGUGUUGGUGUGUCUAUAUUUUUGUGGAGUUUGAAGAGAUUCCUGAGUUAAAUAUCAAAAAGUUUUGUAAAAUUCAGUCAGUCACUGUGCUACUUUAUUCUAGAGUUCUAAAGAAUUUUAGCUGUUGAAAAUGUUUUCCUUCCAUAGACCAAAAGUUUAUAGAUCUACGACUGGAUGUUGUAUUUGUAAAGCGAAAUCGAGCAGUUCAAGAUUUACUGACAGUAAAAAGUAUGAGGAAGAUUUUCUUGAAUGUUUCAAAUUAGCAACUCCAAGACAAGGGGAAAUAUGUAAUGCAUGUGUUUUACUUGUGAAAAGAUGGAAGAAGUUACCAGCUGGAUCAGGUCGAAAUUGGCAGCACGUUGUUGAUGCGAGAGCUGGUCCAGGUAUAAAGUCUAUGACUAAAUUCAAGGUUAAAAAUCGCAAACUUCUUGAAGAGAAGGCUGAAAAGCUCAAGAAAAAGCAGUUUGAUAGAGAAGACAGUCCAAACCUAUCUGAUAAAAGUGAAGAACAUGAUCUCCAGGAAGUAGACUAUCUAUGUGAAGAUGGUCCCAGCAACGAAUCUAGUAGAACUGGAAGUCCAGGAAUAAGUGAUUCUGAAGAUGUUGUUAUGAAGACUAGCAGGAGGUACAAAGGAAUGCCUAAAAGGAGAGAAGCAGAAGCUAGGUUAAGUGGUUUUAUUGAUCAACAUUAUUGGAUAAAGGAGGAAAUAUGUUGUGGAGUAAUAUUCAGAGGCAGGUAUAAUGAAAUAAUGGUGGAUCCAGCCUAUUUGAAGCCUUGCCUUAGCCGGUUGAACAGGUGUAAACUUGGUUCCAGCAAUAAUAAGCCCGAGAAUGAACAGUGCGAUACUACUACGUCCACAAAAGCUUUUAGCGAUAACAGUUCAGAUUCUGGUUAUGACGAAUCCUCAAAUCCAGGUCCCUUGGCUGCCAAUAACGCUAAUUUUCAAAAGGAUGAAGUAGGUUUAGAAGAGAUAAAUAGUCAUAUUCCAGAGGCAGUUGUCAACUAAUGCUUUUCCGAAAUGUGUCAUGUGUCGAUUUUUAGAUUGUUUUUAUUAUUCUUUUUUUGUAAUUUAUUGGUAAAUGUAUAUUUUUCUUCGUUGUUAUAUUUGUAACAAAUGUACACAGAUUAUGUUGUCCAGAGAAGAGAGAUAUUUUUUAUUAGAUUUUAAUAAAGUGGGCUAGUCUAUUGAAUCAAUUUGAAAAGUUAUUUUGAAAUGAAUGCUAAUAUGUUCGGGUUAUACGAACUCAAAAUCGAUUUGCAAUUAACACACUAUCUAAAUAUCAUGUGUUGAUAAUAAAUACUCUGGAGAUAAUUUCAUUUGAACAUGGGCGUUCAUUUAAAAAUCUCUACAUUUGAAAAUAACUUGUCCACUCUUAGUUUUAAGUUUCUCAAGUCAUUUUAUUUAAUCUAAAGUGGCUUCUUUAUAUUCAUAGUAUAAUUAAUUGUUAAGUAUCCACACAUAUUUAUCGGAAGUACAAAAAUGACACAAAUGAAAAAAAAUAGUUGAAUUAUUAGGUGCAAUAAUUACAAAAUGUCUGAUCUCAGAGAAUUUGCACUGAUUUUUUCAUGAGUAACUGCAUCCCUUAUUCCAUUUAUGUUGUUGAAUUGCAACCAUAAUCAUCAAAUAUUAUGACAUAUUUUAUUAUAUUUGGAGGCUGAAACUAAAAAUAUUCUAUUUAUCAUCUGCAAAAAAAUUUGCUAUUUGUUAAAUAAGAUGGACGAUUUAUAUAAAAUCUAACACGUUUUAAAUUUUAAGAAAAUUGGAUGUAUGUCAUUUCAUUCAUGGUGACAUCGUUUUAUCAUUAGUUCAAAACUAAAAUUUUCACUUCGUUAAACUUUUUUGCAAAUAUUUGUUAUUGAAUCUUUUUGAUUCUGAUGAUUUGAUGAGUAUACUUUCCAUUAAAUGAAAUAUUUUUCUGUUUAUUAGGAAGUGUAAGUGCUAAAAAACUUAUAUCUUACAUCUAUAUGAUUGAAGCGACUGAUUGCCAGAUUGAGUUCCUUUAAAAAAGGGAACAUAAUAGUGGACGAAAGUUGGGGGAGUUUAAAUAAUUUUUUUUCUUUUGUAUUGGUAGUGUAAUGUAAUUAUUAAAAUCAUUUCUAACAGUGAGGUGAAUUUAUACACAGUUUCUUACUUACUUAAGUUAUUUACACGCGUACACUCGACACUAUAAUAAUUUACUGAUCACUACUUAUAAAAUUAAAUAUUCACUAUUUUUAUAACUACUUUCAUAAUUUAUGCAAAUUCACUAGUUACUUUCUACUAUUUCAUUCUGUUCAUUAUAACUUUUAAUUAUAAAAUUACUCUCGCUGCCAAAAAAGCACGAAUUUAUAUUUGAAAGGAAUAUCUAGAAAGUAAACAGGCAAAUAAAUGAUAAAGCCUUCCAAGAAAUUGGUUAAAUAAAAAACAAUGUAUACAUAUGUAAAAACAAACAUCAAACGAAUUCUGCGAACCAGCGUAUUGACAAAUAUUAGGACUUUUAUUAUAACUGAACAUCCUUCACGGUCCAUGUCGUGGACGAGGAAAGCUUUGGUCUCUAAGUAUAUUAAUCGUUAUAUAAAAUUUUGAUCUAUGGUUGUAAUUUAUCAUCAGGUAAUUUAUAAAUUUUUAGUCAUUAACACUAGUAAUUAAAACAGAAGAUUCCAAAAGAGAGAGAUAGAAGAUAUUUACUAUAAUCGUAUUUCAUUAUUUAUUAAAAACAAUUUUAUCCAUUGAUAUUCGAGAUAUUUACAUUAUUAUAUAUGAUUAUCAAUUUUCUCAUAAUUAUGUUGUUAGAAAAAAAGAUGUGAACUAGACUUCAGUUCAUGGUUAGAUAAUUAUAAAUUUUAUUCUUGUAUAUCAGUCACGUCAAUAAAUAUAUAAAAUAAGAAAUUUUCAGAAGUCCUCAGAAACAGCUACAAUUUUGAUGAUUUUUUGUAUAUUUCUUUUUGUAAUAUUCAAAAUCCUUCUGGAGCCGUUAUAAAAUGAGUUAGGUAUAUAUAAUAUACCUGAUAUCAAUGUAUAUGUUAAUUUUUUUCUAAAAAAAAUUUUUUUAUUCCUGUAUGAAAAAUAUUUUUCAUAUUUCAAUAUGAAAUAUAUUAAUAAUAUCAGAUUACAUUUAAUUAUUUAAGGAAGCGUUUUGAUUUUCCAUUCUCUGCACCUAAACCUACACAGAUAUUUUGUGCAUGACUGUUUUUAGGUACUUAUGCCUUUUACUCACAGGACAUUCUCAGAGUAGAUGCUUAGCAGUUGUCGUCCUUUGCUAUAUAGUAGAUGCCCAGCUAUCCUAUUGUUCUGAGGUGGUUUUUGACAGAACAGUGACUUGUCAGAAGACCGACCACCAGUUUACAUUCAUUUCAUUGUUGAUAUGACAUCCCAUGAGGUUUCAGUAGGGCUAUGGUCCAAAAUAUAGAGUUACCCCCUUUUUGGCAACGGGUCUGCUUCCUCAUAGCCCGAUAUACCCUAAUGGCCUGGUAACCACAAUAGUGUUAUUUUGUUUCUGUAAUCCAGUGCUUUUAGGUUUGUUCACACUCCCAUUGGCUUGGACCUGCAGUCAAUAGCCUUUACAUUUGCUUAGCUUUUACAUCAAAGAGAAUGAGCGCAUAUGUUUUAUUGCUAUUGUUUCUGAAAAAUAGUGAGUGCUUUCCCUACUGGUAUGGAGGGUCUAAAAAUCCUCAAUCUAGCUUCUUGGACUAACUUCGAUCAAUCUGUAUAUCACAGAGAUGCAUUUCCUGUUUGUGAAAGUCCUUUAUUGACCAAUAAUUGGUGGUCAUAAAUUGCCACUUGCCACAAUGGUAUGCAUUUGGUCCAUUGGUUGUUCACUGCUUUCUAAUUCAUUGUUUUAAAUAAUAUCAUCAAACAUAUCAUAAAUCUCUUUUUCUCGUUAUACAUGGAUAUGAUAAAAAAUUAUUUUUACAUUAAUGUAGAAAUUUUUUCAAUAAUAUAAUUCAUUUCUUCCCCGCUUCAAAAAGUUUCCGAUUUUAAAUAAUAUAUAAAAAAAAGAAAAUUGAGAAAAAUAUCAAAAUCUAUUUCUGAGGAUUUGAGAUAAAACUUUACUGAUGUCAUUAUAUUGAAUUAUUUUCAUCUCCCUAACAAGCAGAAUCUUAUUGGUGUUAUCAGUCAGUCUCGUAUUGUUUAAUAUAAUUUCGUGUCCAAAUAAAUUUUGAUUAAUUGUCUCCAUAGAACUUUUUCCAAGAUGUGUUUACAUAUUUUCCUAUUUUUCUGUUAGGGAUUUGAAAUUAUUUCCCUAGGAUCCAACAUCGUGUGACAUAAUUUGAAAGUAUUAUUGUCAUGAGUCAUGUUUAUUUAUUGACCAAUUCUUUGGCUUUAGAUUUCAUAAAAAUACUGGUUUAAAUAAGUAAAGUAAAUGUUUUGUGUACCUAUAUUAUAUAUUUGUCCAUAUCUCAACAAAACAAUUGUACUUAAUCAUUCACAAGACGCGGACCAAUCAAUUAUAAAAGAAUCAUAAAAUCAGAUAGAGGAACUUUGUCAAGAUGAUGUGAUGAACUAUCAUUUUUCAGUAAAAAUUCUUUCUUUGUACUGUUAAAGAAUUUGCUGACUGUUGACAGACAUCUGUCUUUUGUACUAAAUUCAAUUUUUCUGCAGCAUCGGUUAUAAUUAGUUUUAUUAUUGUUCUAUAUAUCUGUAUUAUUGUGUUUUCGCUUAGCUGCCCUCUUCAUAUUCGGUGUAUUAUAUGCAUUUUUUCAUUUCUUUGGUACAUUUCCCAAGAUAUAAAUGUAAUGAAAUAAUAAUUUCAUCGAACAUACCUAAAAGGGGUAAUUAAGGAAAUAGGUUGUAUAGUAAAUAUUCUUAAAAUCAUAUCAUUGACAGCAGUGUCUUUAUAUAUUAACUGCCAAGAAUUUAAAAAAUAAAAACGUAUGUGUUCCUCUUUGUAAAACACAAAUUAGAUAUCUUAAGGUAUAUUUAGGUUAUUACUUUGUUUUUACUCUUAAAAGCUCAGCAAUAUUUUUAAGAAUGAAUCUUUAUUCUAAUUGAUGUUUAAAUGACUUUAUACAUUUCUUUUAAAUUUAUCUGAUACUUUAUAUUUCCGAUCAAUUAAUUUUUUUAUUUUUGCAUAUUUUAAUUAAUGAAAUUGUUGAUUUUAAGUAGUGUCACCUGUAGUGAAAAACUACUUUUAUCAUUUUGUUGUUAUCAAAAGUAAGAAAACAGUGAAAUUUAAAGUUUCAGAUUGAAAUCAUCUUAUUUCACAUAAUUCAAGAUACUCAUAAUGUAAAAUAUUUUGUAAAGGCUGGUGCAGAUGUAAUAUGUAUAAAAUAUUGAAUUGAUCACAUUAUAUUUCUUUUUGUCAGAAUUUAUUAUUAAGCUGCUCUGAAAUUGUAUUUAUAUAAUUAUUUUAUUCACAAUUAUUUAUUAAAUAUUUAUGUUUGUAAAAAAACGUCCGUUUCGAUUUUCUUGGCAGUUUUCAUAGCGAUAAAAUAUAAUUAUGAAAUUGAAAAGAAAUUCUAAAUGUGCGGACUUCAAAUGUGAUAUUUAUACAAAUGUCAUAUUGUUAUGAAAAUUAUAUUGAAAGCGGACAAAAAGAAACGUUGAAAAUUACUGAUGUGCCAAGAUCGAUGUAGGAUAUAUAUUCAAUGAUUCCGGUGGAUGACUGCAAUCGUGGAAAAUUAUCUAAGAUGCCACGAAUAUUCUGUAUUCGACUGAAUAUUGCAUACUAUUCUGCCGUAUAUCGAAGGGUAAAUUAAAAAAAAUAUGUUGCCUAUAACAUUUUAUUUUCCAAUAAUUUACCAUUUUAAUACUUAAUCCAUCAAUGUCUCACUUUUUUUUUUAAAUUGUGAUAUAACUUCAAAAUGGUGUUAAAUGCAACUAAAGUUCCUUCUGGUUAUUUGAAGGGUAAUUUCUACCACCAACCACCCUCAACUCAAUAAAUUUAGUGUAUUUCGAUUUCAAAACUAUUUGUAUUAAUCAAAAAUGUUUCCACAUUAUUAAUCUACAAUCUGAAUUACAAACAAAGAUUUUUACUAAUUUAUUUCACCAAAAAAAUAUUCAGGUGCAGUAAAACAUUGUUCUACAUGAUACAAUCUUUUUAUGCUCAGAUUACCCAAACGAUCUAACUGAUCAAAAUGAAGCUCAUCUCUCCCUGUAUGAGGUGGAUGUGGUCCACGACAAGAUGAUUUUCUUCCAUAAUACUGAAGUACAGAACAUAUGUAUUUCCUUUGAAAUUGUAAUAGGUCUAUGUAAUAGCCAUCUUGGACCAUGCAAGCUUUUAUGCUACAGGAAUCCGAUUCCUCUCAUAUAAGUAUUAAACUCAGAAAUUGCCAACGGUAUUUGAAUCGAGAAAAUGCUUAUCAUAGAGCUUUUUAUAAUUUACUUUAUUUAGUACGCACAAAUGUGCCCUGUAGUAACUUUAGUAGAAUCAAACUUUGAAUAUGAAAUUUCGAGAAGUUAAUUUUUUUAAAUUUCAUUUUUUCACCUCUUCAUAAAGUGUUUACAACUAAUAUAAUAGCUAUGUUAGAAAAAAAUAACAAUCCCCUUUCAGCAUGAGUCACAUGAUCGUGUCAACUAAAUCACCUAUUCAUUAUUUACCAAGGGAACCUAAAACUUGAAUUUUUUAUUUUAAAUCUGAUUAUUUUGAUUAUGAAGAAUAAUUUUUUGUUGUUAUAAGAUAAGAUAACAAGAAAUAUAACUAUAUAUACAAAAACCAAUAUAUUGGAGCUUGCAGUAAAUUUUGAAAAGUGAGAAUUCUUUAUUAAACAAUAAAUCCAAACCUUCCGGAAGUUUUCUUCCUCUCAUCAGAGAAACUUGUAUAUCCAACGUGAAUCCUGGUUGAAGAUGAGUGUUGUUGCUGUUGUAAUGUGUUUGUAAAUGGGAUGAUAAUUUUGUCAAUAAGCAAACAGUAGUUUAUGGCAGGUAGUAACACUAUUAGUCAUCCAUAGGAGUCAUCGAAGAGACAUAACAAAUACUCCUCAAGUAUUUUAAAGUGCAAAUGUUGAAAAUACACUCGAUUUAUUUCUUAACAGUUUUAUCAGAUUUCAAUCAAUCUCCAUUGAUUCAUAUUCCUUUUUUAAAAUAAAUUAGAUAAUUUAUAAUUGAGAUUAUAGAAUUGGAAUUUUUUAAAUGCCUCUCUUACUUUCAAACUCUCAUGUUCAAAUUCAAAAUUGCAUAAUGCCUACAAUAGAAAUAAAUUGGGUGUUUUUAAAGCAUACCACUUAGUUUAAAAAAACAUUAACAGAUUUUUGUAACGUCUCAAAGUGACUCUCUUGUCCUAAAAUUUUAUACCCAUUUUUAAAUGUUAGACGAAUUGUAGCUAAAAUGCUCUUAAGUCGGAGAUGGAAGUAUUUUUGAUAACAAUGAAUCAAAUGUACCAAAAAAAAUUUCAUAUACAGACCGGGCUGUAUCUGAUAUGUUUGAUUAAUGGUGUCAAUUUUUUUAAUACGUUUUUCGAAAUGUAGUUUAUUCAGUGUGUUUUUCAAAAAAAAUUAAUAAACAAAAAUAAAAAAGUAUUAGAAAAUUUUAUGAGUUCGUAUAAAUGGAAUAUAUUUUUUGUUUAAAAAAAUUAAAAAAAAACUUCGCAUGAACUGACGUACGUUUAUAAAUUUGUGCUCGUUGGUUUCAUAUAAAAAUAUUUUGAUAAGUGAUAUUAUCUAAUUGAUCAACAUGUUGGGGUUAAUCAGGGUAUUUCACCUGAUUUACUCUUUCACACCAUUUACUUUCUAUCUUAUUCCAGUUUUUCUCUGGACGGACCAAUCCUUAAUAUAUGUCUGAGGUACUGAUCGUACAUCCAAAGUUAUACAAAGUGGUACAUAAUUUUAACAUGUUAAGCCCCAACCAAAAUUGAUAAACUUUCCCCAGAGGUCAGAAAUGUGUUUUUACACUUCCUAUAGAGUGUGGAUCCAAGAAAAAAAUUAUUUGAAAUUAAAAAUGCGACGAAAUGAUCUAUAUGGUGGCUAUGGGCCCUUUUUCCGGAGCCCAGAGCGUGACGUGUUGAUGUUUUCUACAAGGCAUUCUUAUGAAAGUAAAUAUCGAAAGAAGAUCAGGAGUGGUUAUAAAGCCUCAAGACAUUGUCGACUAUAACAAAGGCAAAUUUUUUAUUCAUCUAUAUGAUCAAAUGCCAGCCACUUCUUUGAGAAAGACGUUGCCAUGGUAUAGGAAAAUUUUGGUAUUGAGCUGUUAUUUAGCACAGCAAUGAUAAAUACCUAUAUUCUUUAUAAAAGAAUAACGAAGAAGAAAAUAUAGCAAUAACUGAAUUUCAAAUCAGUGUAGUAAAGAAGUUACUGCAUAUAAAGAAACUACCGAUGCUACUCAUCAAGACGCCAAAACUAAAACCAUUGACUAGUAAAGAAAGAAGGUCUAAGUCACAAGGUGAGAUUAGAUUGCGUGAGGUACAGUGCAAAAAAAUUGAGAAAACUUAUUGUAACGUCUAAAGUACAAAAUUUUUACAAUGUUAGUUUUGAAAAUCUACAUUAUUGUAUUCCCUUUUUUUAGCAAAACAUAAAUAGUUAUUAUAUUGUAAUAUGUUUUUAUUAGUCAUGUUUUUUAUACCCUUACAAACAGAAUUAACAAAAAUAGGUACAGUUAAUCUAAAAGUAGCACAAAAUAACAUUUUCAACAAAAUCGAAUAGACCAAGUGUAAGGUAAUGCUCGAAGGACUCGGGACGAUCCAAUCAAACUCUGAAUCUCUUUCAAAUAUCGCGGUCACUUUGUUUCUUACUCUAUAAAAUAGAAAAAUCAUCCGAUUUCAUUUUUUUAAGUUUCGUUUUUAUGACAGAUUUACAAAUAAAGUCAUUGAAAUCAGGUGGUUUUUCAAUUUCACGCGAAUAAGAAAAAAAUGGAAAGUUAUAUUAGUUUCAGAACUCAAGUGUUCAUGCAAGCGCACUUAUUCACUGUAACUGUUAUAAUUUUUUUAUAUUUUUAUAAAUGAAAUUUUUCUAAAUUUUUCUAAAUUUUUUAAUAUAUAAAAAAUAUAUUGAUUUUUCAUAUUCUUGUUGAUUAAAAUAAUAACUUUUUGAGGUCUAAAAACUGUUUUUCUUGACUUUUGGCUUCAAAUAACAUUUUUAGUGGCAAAUAUAUUCUUGGGGACUUUUGAGAUUUUGUUUAGAACCAUAAAAGGCAAGUUGAUACAAAAAUCUAGCUAUCAUUUUAUCGGAAAAGUGCACAAGGGGGAAUUUUGGUUUACAGAUAAAUAAAUAAUUGAUUGGAGUGUUCAAUCAAAGUUGACAAAUUUCACUAUUCUACGUUAUGUUCGUGACUGGUUUGUUCAAAUUUUAUAUUUGAAAAGUUUUUGUUACCAAACCAUAAAAAAAUGCUCUUAUACUUGUAUUUUCCAUUUUUUUUUUAAAUUUAAUUAAACUAUUAUAAGGAUGAAGUUAUUUUCUUUUGUUUAUUAACACUUUAACCAUAUCCAUCACCAAUAGUAUCAUCUGGUCCAUGAGACUAGCAGUAUUUUUCAUUACUUAGGUCAAAUUUUUACUUGAAAACCAAAAUUUAUUUCUAAUUAUGGUUUAAUAUAUGCAUGUAUUAUAUGCAAUUUGGAACUACAAUGCUUAAAUUUCAUGUCUUUGUAUAGUUUUAUAAAUAAUUUGUAUACAUAGGAAUAGAAAACAAAUCUUAUAUUUUUGUAAAUAACUUGUUUUUUUUAUUUUUAUUUGUUAAAACAAUUUUAAUUACAGAAUAAGUGACAGUCAAAUGUGUCUUAACAUUGGUAUCAACUGAACAAAGAUUUUGUUAGUCCAAAAGGCAAAUCUUUGUAGCACAAGAAGUGCACAAUUUCCUUCUGCACUCCAGGCAUAGUGGCUGGUCACAUUUCAUGCAUUUAUAAUUUGUAUUCUUCUCCUUUGAUGCUGAACACUUGGAGCAGGUUUUCCUUUUUCUAGCUUGACACUUGGUAUGCAGCCAACUGAGUUUUGAGGAUAUUUGUUCCUAACAUAUGUUUGUAUGGUAACCUUGAUAUCACGUGGUAGGUUUGGUAUUUCCAACCGUCUGGUCAUAUGUGGCUUUAUGAGCUCCAUUGUUAGGCCCGUACGAAUAGGUAUCUAGUCACAAGAGGAUUACCUCGAAAUUUAAGGUACAAGAUGAAGGAAUUGAUGCAAGAAUAUUGCGAGGGGCCAUCUUCUGGUUCUUCAACUGGACGAAUAUAUCUCACAUUUCAUGUCUAGCAAGUCCACCUGUUUUUUCUGUCCAUUGUUUCGAUACUGUGGUGGAUUGAUAACACCAAUAUUACCGAAUUAAUCUUUUUAGGCACAACAGAAAGUAAAUAUAGGGUGGAUCCCUUUUUUCUGUUUGGAGAUGGUAAGAAUUAAGGAGUUAUUUCCCCUCUUUUUUUUCAUAGUACCCACAUACGUUAGUGGUCGAUUUCCAAGUGCAUCAACAAACUCAAUACCAAUAAACAAUUGAAUACGAUAUGCACGGCACGACGGCUCACAGCCAACUGAAGGUUACAAAUAACAAUUGGAGGGAAACUGUGGAGCGGGAAAAGCGAACGAACCAUCAGGGAUGCCAAUUUCGAAGAGCCAAAUUUUUCGAUCGGUCUCAGAGACCAGUGAUAAGGUUAAAGUGUUAACAAAACGAUACUGUAUCAAAACAAUUAUAUGUAUUGACUGUUUUUUAAAAUCUAAUGAUGAUAAUAUAUUUCCGACCGUUUUUUAAAUAAUUUUGCACUUAUUUUGGAAAAUUUCUAUAUUGCAAGCAAUAAAGUCUUGAUAAAUGCAAAUAUAAUUGAAUAAAUAAUAACGAACUAAAACUGAAGUAAACAAUGAAAUUGGAAUACUAGGUGACGUCAGAAACAUAACCUCAAAACGUGAAAUUUUUCUCAUUGUAUUAAAAAUUCCUGAUUAGUUGAUUCUCAUUGGUGAUUACCUAAAAAGUACAAUGACAUAGUACUCUUUUAAUGUAGUCAUUAAGUUUGUUCUUGGUAGCUGCACUGGAAUUGUACUGAACUGGACCAGUGCAGGCCAGUUCAUGAGUGUAUAAAACUAGUUUGAUCGGAUACAAAGAACGAUGUAGUGCAGAGAGCAAUGGAGCAUUUGUUGAUUGUUGUAUUUGAGGUUAUUUGAUGUGAUUCAGGCCUUGUAGUAUUAACAAUAAUGGAAAACGAUUUAGUACUUUUUGAUAUUUUACAUUCUGACGAAGAUGUAGUGCCACCGUUUCUUUAUUACAUUUAUUGCACUGCAUUGGCUGAACUAACUCUAGACCCAGUGGAAGCAGUACAGUGUACUGGGUGAACUAGUUCUCUUGCACUGCUGCUAAGAACAGCGACACUAGCGUUGGUUCUGCUGCAAAGAACGCUUUAGUGUACACUUCUUGAACAAGUUCUGUCAGUGCAGUUACCAAGAACAAACCUAUUGGAACGUGCGACAGUUCGUGCGAAUGAAUUCUAGGUCCAAUGAAUGUUCUCUAACAAAUCAAAAAAGUACACGUUAGUAUCCAAGGUGAUAAUGGUAUGUUUAUAAACUUGUGUGGUUGUUCACGGUAAAUAAUUUUAAGGUUAUGCUAUUUAAAAAAAUAAACUGAAUGAUAGAAAAUCUUCAACCAUUUUAAUACCUCGUUCAUUGUUAUAUGGAUUUAAUAUCAAACAUUUUUGGAAGUCAAGUCAAAUAAAAUAAAGAAUAUACAAUGCGUCCAAUAUUGCCAGAUAGAAACAUUUACCAGAAAACAUUUUCAUAAGUCGAUCAGUUUAGUUGUCGCAGAGAUUUACUUUUGUCGAUGUCUUUACCAUAGAAUUAAUAUCAAGUUGUGAGUGUCAAACAAUUUUUCUUGUCAACGAAAUUGGAAUUUCUAGAACCGUUGGUGACAUUCAAACUGAACACACUGUUUCAACUACCACUACACCAACACUCACAAUUACACUGUCUGACGCGUGUUUCGAUAACCAAAUCAUCAUAUUCAGAGACUGAAGGUAAACUAUCUCUCAGUCUGUGAUUUAUACAGGGUAUUACGGGACGUGAUGCAGACAAUUCGGAAGUGAGUCGCUGACGUGAAAAUUAUCUCUAACAUGAAAAGAAUUUUUUCAUACGAACCCUCGUAUCUGAGUUAUAUGCUUUACUUAUAUUUAAGUAUAUUUUCUGAAUUAUACAUUCGAACAUUAUGAAUUAUGGUUACCAAUUCGUAACUUUUACAAUUUAAAGAUAGCAAAAAUGAAUUUUCCAAUCGACUUUUUAAUGAAAAAUUAUUCUGAUUAGCUCGAUAUAAUUUAUGGUUUAGGUGAUUUUUAGAUCGUUGUACAUAUGCAAACCGUUUGCCAUAAAGAAACAUUCUAAAAAAUAUCAUAAAUUGUAAUUAUUUACUUAAAAUACUUAUAGGACGUAUUAGAACACAAUUAAAGAUUUCUAAUUAAAUUUCACCGUUGAACGUGUUACUUACAUAAGGAAAAAAUUCAGUAGAUUAGCUCAAAACUUAUCAAAUAAAAUAAAAUAAAAAACUAAUAAGUGUUAAAAGUGGGCACCUUGCACUUCUACAUACUUUUGGAGUCUACGGAGGAUAUUCCUUUGAACUUUGAAGGACAUUCUAAGAUUAUGCAUCCCCGACCAAUCACCCUAUUAGGAAAAAUGUCAUUUUUUAUAUUUUAAUCUCUUUAAGUUUUUCUUUAUGCAAGUAAUAUGGUCUUUGAUAGUAUGUAGUAUAAAUGUUUAUUUAUUUAUUCAUUAGUUCUCCAAGAAAUGUUUGAUUUUGUAAGUAUUUUCAAUAAAUAAUUACAAUUUAUGAUAAUUUUUUUCAGAAUUUUUCUUUAUGGCUAACGGUUUGCUUUGCAUGUACAACGAUCUAAAAUCUACAUACCUCCUAAACCAUAAAUUAUAUCGAGUUAAGCAGAAUAACUUUUUGUUAAAAAAUUGAUUGGAAAAUUCAUUUUUGCUAUCUUUAGAUUGUCCAGGUUGUCCCUGUAAAAGUUAUUGGGCACGAGUCGCCUCUUGCCUUCAGGUAGUAGUGUAGAAUGAUUUAUUCAGACAAACACAUUAUAUGGUUCAAAUUUAUAAUUUAGAAAGUAUGUUUAAAUAUAAGUUUUGAUUUCGCAACUUCAAAUGCCUAUAACUUAGAAACGAGAAGCGUAUGAGAAUUUUUUAUGUCACAGCAUUCUCACUUCCAAAUCAUUAGCAUCAAGUCCCGGAAAACCCUGAAUACGUAAUUGUGAGUGUUCUUAUAGUGGUAGUAUCGACAGCAAUAGUAAACAUUAAAUUUAGAAUGAAAAACCUGAGCCAUUGUUAGUCGUUAAGUGAGAAAAAAGCAUUUUUCAUUCUAUAACUCAUUAUAUAUUCCAUACUUUUACGAUUUGCUUCCAUCAUAACGUUAAGAGAUUACCGCGUUUAAACUUACCACUAGAAGCGCUGGAGUGAGGUCUUCGAAAUAUCAUUAUUUGUUGGAGGUUUUUAAAUCGUAUUUUUCAACUAAAUAAAUAUAUACUGUGGUGAAUAUUAAAAUAUCUAGCAAAUAUUCAACGAAACCUUAAAUGUGUUGAGGAUAUUCACAAAAUAUUCGUGGAUUUUAGGCAAUCCCAUGAUUCCAUUGUCAGAAAAAAACUUUAUUUUCAAGUUCGAAAUAUCAGAAAGUUGAAACGACUAGUGAAUGUCACAAUUACGGAGACAAUAGUACGCAUACAGAAUCAGCUAACCAAUCGAUUCAAAAAGAAGCCUUAAAUAGGGUGAUGGUCUUGCAUUCAUGUUAGUCAAUAGCCAUGGAAUACAUCAUAAAAAAAUGACAAUUAAUCUCCGAAACAUUUUUAGUAGGUAUGGAUAAUCAUAGAUAGCAGCAUACGUAGAUGCCAUCAAUAUAAAUAGAAUAUCAAUAGCAACGGUUAAAGGAGGUAGGACUAGCAGUCAACAUGGAAAUAUAAACACAAGCCCGUACGAACAUAAUGCUCCAGAAUGUUACAAUAACAGAUGAAAAUUUGUAGAGUAACAUAUUUCAUAUACCUGGGUGUAGAGCUUACCAAUAAUUGAAGCGAACACAUAGAGAUUAGCAGAAGAAUCAACCUGUCAAAUAAGGUGUAUUUAAGCUUUCCUGUCCAUGUUUAGAUCUAGAGACUUACAUAUAAUCAAUAAAGUCAGAAUAUACAGUAGAAUAUAGUAACGUACGGUUGUAGAACACAAAAAGUGACAGAUUACAUAAACACCUUUGAAAAGGAGAUAUUAAGGAAAAUAUAUGACCAGAAAUAUGAGAACGGAGCAUGGUGAACUGGGGAUUCAGACAUAAUCAAGAGUUACAUCAAAAAUACAAGGAACUAGAGUACUCUGAAUUUUUCAGAGUACAAACACUGCGAUGGAAUUUACUUGAAAAAAAUUUUGAAUGGCGUAGGCUAAUUGGAAGAUUUCGGAUCUGGUGGUAGGAAGAAGACGCAAUUCGUUUUUUAAAAAUACGCAAGAGGAAGAGGGGAGCACUGGACAGGAACAACUGGAGAAGGAAACUUCGUGGAGAUGUUUUUUGGAAACACACGAAAGUUUAGAAGGGGUAAAGAUGUCCCUGUGUAUAUCUAUUGAUAAUGUCUCUAUAAACUAUUAUAAACAAAAUACAACACCGCGAUAUACUGGAUAUAACACUUUUAAGUUUAUAGGAUUCAUAGAAAUUAUUCAUAUUGAACUCGAAAAUUAUUAUAUUAGUUUUGAUAUACGUAAUUACUAUACUGUUGUAAAUUUUACGAGUUUGAAAAACCAUAACGUCAAAAAUACAUUUUUAUUAUUAAAGAAUUACAUAAUCAAAAAUCCCUUACACAAUUUUUUUUAUGUCUUCAGUCCAUUAACUUUUGCGAUGCAUCCGCAAAUUGCAUUUUUACACUGCACACAAUAGGUGAUGGUCACACACACCUUAGUUUAAUUGGACAAAUAUUUUGGCGUAGAUUUCGAUGCAAACUUUGAAUGCUUAUUCUGUGCUCCAUCUAUGGCUUGCUAUGCGAUGGGCCAAUUCCUCGCGUCGUAAAGGUUUACGUAACUCAUAUUAGACGAAAGUUGAUCGAAAGUGUCCACCCCUCCUUUGAUUUGGUUAUAAUUGACAGUUAUCACUGAUUUACCAUUUUCUUCUGAAAUUUCCAUAUCUUCAUGCAAUUUGGAACGCAAUAUAUUUAUUUUUCAAUUUUUCAAAGUCACUAAUUCUCGAGAUUGAUUAUACACCUUCACGUAUAGGUCACAGGAAAAUUAGAGAAAAUUAUGGACCAUGGUAAAUUUACGAUCAAAUAGUAGGGUUAAACCUAAGUGCCCAAUAACAAAUAUUGACAGCUUUAAUUUAUAACCUCACUCGGUAGCGCCUACUGGUUACCAUAUAAACGAUGGCCCCCUUAGACCAUACAUUUGCAUGGACUGCUACUCCUAUUGUCUACAGCAAAAGGAACGCGGCGAAAUAUCUAUUAGGACUACCGUCAACCAGUUGAUUCGCUUUCUUUAAAAUAGGAAUUCGAUUUUUCAGAAAUCUAUUCCAUUUUAAGAAGAAUCAUUAAUAUCUGAUGAUUUUGGUUAGGAAUGCUUUUCGAUUCUUGGAUUAAAAACAGUCAAAGAAGUAUAGACUCUUCGAUAGUCGUACAAAACCCUUUUGACAUUAGUCCUUGUAGAUUUUUUGUCAUUUUGUUGGUUAUAUGUAAUAGCAGACCAUGUAACUGUAUGGUCUCCUUUAUCAAUGAAACUAAACUAAGUGUUGCGAAUAUUAUUUGAUGGAAUACUUUUUGACGGAGGUGUCUUGUAAUUUAAAUUGUAAAUCAAAAUUCUGUAUAUUUGUCUUUUUUCUAUGUAUACUUUACAUAAAUAGAAAACAUUGAACGAUUCUACAACGAAUGAAUUGAUGAAUGAUUUUUUUACACAGUGGAUGCUUAAUAUAGGAAGAUUUAGUACAUAAGUAAAUUUGAAAUAUCAACAAACGAUUUUAAGUAUUCAUUCAUUUUUAUAUAGUGUGUGAAUAUUUAUUAUGAAGCUACUUAUAUUAUACGUUUGCUGAUAUUUUAAUUGGAAAGAAGAAUCGUCAAUGUAAAAAUAAUCAAGGAAGAUUACUAUAAAUAUAAAAAAAAUUACUACCCUAAAUUUAUCAAAUUUCGGUUUUUAUUCGAUAAUAAUAUAAUAUAUGAAUUAUACAAAAAGUUAUGUAUGCGUUAAAAAAAAGCAUUUCGAUUCCGAGUUUACAGGAAGCACGCCACUAAUACUGGGGAUGCACAGAAACCUCUACUACAAUAUUUCGAUAUUCUGCUUAUGAGAUAAAAAAAAACAUCUCUUAUAUUGUCAAAUUAGAAAAUCAUAAAAAUAGCUCUGAAUUGGAUCUCUAAAAAAACAGAUUCGCUAUAUCCCUUUCAUAUUGCCCUGACGGUGCCUGAUCUUCCAAAUAACGAGCGAAAAAAUAAUUAAAAAAAUAAAACCCCGUACAAUAUUUAAAAAGUUAUAAAUAAUUAAACACCUCAUCAAGAAAAGAUCUUUCAAGAUAAGGAAAUCUACUAAAAAAAUUCUGAUGCCUUGAAAGAAUACUUAAAUAAAAAAAAAUUGGGUAUCUAAACUAAACUGAAAAAUAUAAACACUUUUAAGAAUUUAUUCCUGUUGGAAUCUUUCAUUUAAGUCAAUUGUUAAUUAACAAAAUUUUCUUGAUUGUCCUUAACUAAAUGAAAUUUUAAAUAAUUUUUUCGCUUCGUGGAGCCCUCCUUAUAUACAUACAAACCAAUUUUGCGUCAUAAUAGUUAAAAAAUAUAAAUACUUUGUUUACAACAAUUUAAAUUCGCACAAAGCUUGAAUUUUUUUGAGAACAUACGUUUUUGUCAUUACAUUGGUAAUUGUAAAAUAGCUGUAAGAUCGAUACAGACCAGGAUUUUCGUGCGUUUUUAUAUGGUAUUCUUACCAAACAAUCUAAAGCACAAAUUACAAUCGUAUUUACUUCUGGAUAUGAAGUUCUACCUGCUACUACAUUAGUAAUAUUUUUUAGAUUGCAAUCUUCUCCCCAAAUCAUCAAACAUUGUGAAUAUCGCACACUUGAUGAUCGAAUGGUCUGCAAUACAUCUCAGCACUAAAUUACUAUCUUCUUCUCAUUGAAGGUUGGCAGCCACGUUUUCAAAUGCGUCUCUGUCCUUCGCAACAUGAAACAAUUCUCCGACGAUGAUAUUUGUACAUUCUCUUAUGUUAUGGAGCCAGGAUUCUUCGUCCUGCCGAUGCCUUUUUUUCCUCUACUCUGCCUUGUAUUAUGUUCUGUAGCAGUAGGUAUUUGUCGUUGCGUAAGAUGUGUCUUAUGUAAGAUGUUUUCUUAUCUUAAUAAUUGUCAACAGCUUUCUUUUGCCACCAAUGCGUCUUAAUACUUCGUAGUUGGUGAUUCUAUCGGUCCAGAGUAACUUCAGGAUGCGACUAUAGAGCAACAUCUCAAAUGCCUCAAGUUUUUUGAUCAUCUGAGCUUUCAAGGUCCAAGUUUCCACUUCGUACAGCAGUACUAGCCACACAUAACAUUCCAUAAAUCCUAUUUUGACGUGGAGGUUUAGAUUUCUGUUUGCAAACAGUACUUGACAAAUGCUUUUUGAGCCAUUUCAAUUCUGAUCUCGAUUUCUUCGUCUGGAUCCAUUUGAGCGUUUAUUCAGUGUGAGAAAAGGGUUAAUAUUAAUAUUUUGUUUUUUAUUAUAACCAUGAAUUUAGUUUUUUCAAUAUUUAUAGUGAGUUCUACAUUUUCACAUUCUCGGUUGAUUCUCUCUAAUAGGAUUUGAAGAUCUUCGCUCUCAGCCAUUAUAGCAGUAUCAUCGGCGAAUCUUAAGUUGUUAGUUAAUGUUUUUCUGAUGUUUACCCCCGCAUGUCUCUCCUCCAGCACUUUCUAAAAUACAAACUGAGAAUAUAGAUUGAAUAGUUGUGGAGAAGGAACGCAGCUUUGACGUACUCUCUUUUGAAUUUCGAUUUCGUUUGUCUCCAUUCUCUAUAAGUUUAUCGUAUUGGACUUUAUCAAAGCUCUUAUGGAAAUGAAUGAAACAGACAUAUACAUUUUUGUUGUAUUCUCUGCACUUCUGUAGUAGUAUGCUAUGAUAGCGAAUAAUGCUUCUCUAGUUCCUAAUCCUUCUCUAAUGUCAAACUGCGUUUCAUCUAUUUGUUCUUCAAAUUUUCGAUAUAUUUUCUGCUGGAUUAUUUUCAAGAGUACUUUUAGUGUGUGGCCUAUCAAACUGAUAAUCCGAUAUCCGUCACAAAACUUAAAGUUGUUCUUUUUAGGCAAAGGAAGAAUACUGGUUUAAGCCAGUCUUUUUUGGAAUUUCCCCCGUUUUAUAGUUUUUGUUGAACAAUUUUGUAAGAUGGGUUCCUAUCGUCAAAAGCCUUCAAGCAUUCUUUUGGAAUGGCUGCUUUUCUGGCUUUCGAGAUUUUUAUGGCAUGCUCCACUUAAGAAUACAUAGCUCUUCCGUCUGUCCGCUUUCUUCUCCCGCGUAAUCUCGCUCUGCUGCAAAUAGGCGCUUGAUGUAAUCUUCCAAAGUCCGUUUUUUGUCAUUUUUUGUUAACUGCAUCUCUCCUUCGGUGUUCCUUGUGAUCAUUGGCAUCUUUUUUUAUUGUGUUUCCAGUUAAUUCCUUCAGUUUUUAAUGUAGAUUAAAAAAAUCAUGUUUAUUGUUCAAUUCUUCCAUUUUACGUCAGCUCUCUUCCAUCCAUCUUUUUUUGGCCUCUCUUAUGGUGGUGGUGCUCUACUUGUUUCUUUACUUGUACAUAUUUUUGUGGGCUAAUGUUCUUAGAGUUACGCUUUUUCUCUAUAUAAGGUUUAUGAUUUCUUGGGUGAUCCAUGGUUUUUUCGCAAUAUGCUCUUUUUGCCUGCAAUUUCUUCCGCGGCACUCAGAGGAGUCGUAGAAUUAAUUUUAUUCCAGGCAGUGUCGAUAUUCGCCGCUGCUGCUUCGUUAAAAUCAUUAAUUAAGUCGUUACAUUUUGCUUGAUAUUGAGCUUUUCUAUGUCUAAUAUUUUUGGUUUUGUUACUCGUUGUAGCCUUCUUAGUCUUACUUUUAUAAGCUGCGAGUAGUUCAUGGUCCGUGUCGGCGUCUGCAUUUGGGUAUGUCUUAGCGCUUUUAAUACUUUUCCUAAACCUAAGCCUGUUGAUACAAAUGAAAUCAAUUUGGUUCCUCAUGAAUUUACUAUCAUUUUGUUUAAUUUUUCAUAUUGGUGACUCGUUCAGCUCCAAAUUUCGCGCUGUUGCUAUGGAUUCUUAUUAUUAUUUAAACGACCAAAAUAUGAAUGUUGUUCUGGAGAAAUAAAUUACUUUCCAAUGUGCAAUUUCAAUCAAAGUUUUGUUUCCUUUUCACUUGUCAUGGGCGAAAACUAAAUAUUGUAAAAAUGGAAUUUAUAUACCUUUUAACAUACUUAAUCCAUGUUAAAACAAUUUCAACUCUAGUGUUUGAUAACUCACAAAUAAUGAUGAAAGAAAUUAUUAGAAAAUAUCCUUAGUUAGAAAGUGUUGCGAUUGAACAUAUCAGUUAAACAAAAGCAAUAAAUUAGACUAUCAAUUUAACCGAUCGAAAGUUAGUGAUCUUUCUUGAUAUAUUUUGAAAAAAUAAGUUUUCCUGGUGCCUUUAUCCUAACAGAAGGAUAAAUUGAGGUCUAAAGAAACUCGCAUUGUCUUAUGAAACAUCGUAGUGCUUUAAACAAGACAAAUCUUGAUAACACCAUUUUUUGAAACAUUUCAGCUGUAUCCAAAAAAUCUUCCAUGUAAAAUAAUACACGGGAUGAGUCAAAAGUCUUGAUAUUUUUGGUUCUUUAAAAAAUAGUAUCUAAUGAUUCUUUUUUAAACGAUCCAAAUUCGAGGUUACUAGACUUUUAGCACAUCUGUGUUUUUGUAUCGGUGCUAUUUAUUUAGUACUAUAUAUAUAAAUUUCGAAAAUAAAAUCUUGUCCACCAAUUUCGGGAACACAAAAAAAUGUAUAGCUAGCCAAAUUUAAAUCGUGAAUUCUUAUUUAGUAAAUUGUUAGUAUCUAUAAAUUAUUGUUACUAAUAAUGCAAUAAUAUAUAACUAAAGAGGGUCCUGUAUCUGCCAUACCAAUGCAUAUAUUGGUGUAGAUUGUCUGGAAGAAUUUGAUUAACGGCACAAAGUGCUCUGUGCUACAAGAAAGUCUCAAGGUAUGUGCCUAUACUAGAACAAAUUUUUGAUGAUGAAUUUUUGAUUUGGAAAAAACCGAUUCACAAAUAGUUAAGUGGGAACGAUUUUCAUUAUUUUAAACAUAUUUAAUUAUUGUGAAAAGGGUAUUGUUCAAGAAGUAUGCUCAUACCUUGUUCUUAUUGAAUGAUUUGAUCAGUGGCAAUGAUGUUAAUUGGUAUUUUUUUAUAACAAGAUGCCACACUUUUUGUAAAUAAGAAAUUAUGUACAAAUACAUCGCUAAAACAUAUUAUAAAAACAAUAAAUUUUUCAGUUUUUGUUCAGUUUACUAAUACUUUCGAAAUAAAUGAAAUGUUAUAGGAGAUUUAUUGAAAAUUCUAAACAAAUCUUCAUUAACGUCACUUGACAAGGAACAAAUCAGCAUGCAAUGCAAUAAUAGGGCGGAUUGACUACGUGCAACUUUUAACUUCAUACACCUGGUCCAAUACAAAUACUUUUCUUUCCCCCUCUUCGGUGACGGGCAGCAGUUAAGAACAAUCGUUUUGAUAUUCGAUGUUCUUUUACUCAACAUCUUCUGUAUUAAACUUACUAACCUAACCUAACCGAAUUCUCUUUUUCCUGUAAGCGUUUGCAGCUCUCUUCUUUUGGUCGUACGUGUGUUUCUGUUGAUAUUGAAAGCUCAGUUUUUAAGAAUACCUGCCAAGUUUCCGCUCUAAAUCUCCUCAAGAAAUUGAUAUUUUCGCUCUUCACGGAAUGCCGAAAAAUUUUUGAACGUAAUUCUGCGUUUCCAGCGUGAUUAGGUACAAUUCCCUACUUAAUUCUAAAUUUGAAGCGAUUCCUUACGAUUUCUAAACGUUUUAUCACUGAGAAAUUUCAAAAGGUGAUUUUUAUCUCAACACACAUUGUUGGUGUUGGUUGAAAAAUCGAAGCCUACAUAUUAUAAAAACAAUAAAAGUUUUAGUUUUUGUUCAGUUUACUAAUACUUUCGACAUAAAUGAAAUUCUAUAGGAGAUUCAUUGAAAAUUCUAUAUAAAUCUUCACUAACGUCACUUGACAACGAACAAAGCAGCAUGUAAUGCAAUACAAGACCCGAUACAAGGGCGGAUUAACUUACGUGCGACUUUUAACUUCACACAUCUAGUCCAAUACAAAUACUUCACUUUCCUCUUAUUCGGUGACUGGCAAACAACCUCUCCAAAAUUUCCUAAUCUUCCUCGACGUUUCCCUUAUUCCAUUAGAUGAGACCCAAAGCCACCUAAUCACUUCAUUCUAACCUGGUGGUAGGUUGAUAGUAAGGAAUAAUGUAGACGCAGCUGCACCCGCUCUUCUGCAAUCUCUGUCUUCUACGUUCUUACUGGCGACAGAGAGCAAGCGUGCACAUGACGCUAAUACAACAUUAGUAAAACAUCCCGACCCUAACCUUGCAGAGGAUAUUAUUCCUAUAUUCUAUUCAACUAAAAUAUGAGCUCAAUGGUGUUCUCCAUCUUAUACAGGUAGUUCACUUCUUUUUUUUUCCAUAUUUAUCUGACAUCAAUCUGUUUGUUAGAUUUUGAUAGAUGGCGGAAAGUGUAUGUCUUGGUCAAAAUCAUGCGCAGAUGUAGUACAGCUAAUCGGCUUUUAUGCAAGAUCUUGCAGUAGCAAUUUCCAUGCUUUGAUGUCAUUUUUAUUGUAAUACUGGACAGAAAUUUAGUUACUUUUAAACACACACAAUCGGUGAUAUCAGCUGUUGUUGCGAAACUAAACUUAGUUUUUAUUAAAUUUUGCUUUGUUGCCAUUUUAGUUAAACAAAAAAAUUGCUAGUUUUGGGUUAGUGGCAGCCUUGAUUUCAAACAACUUGUAAAGUACGCUUGAUACGAUACAAGACAACGUGGAAGAAAUUGCAAACAAUUUCUUGCAAAAUCAGAAUAUUGCAUAUACGAAUAUUGCACGUCUUUUGAAGUUAUGCCAGUCUCUUGCCAUCCCAUCAUGGUUGCCACUACUCAUAAUUCCAUAAAUAAAAGUGAACAAUUUCCUAACAGAAUAUUUUAUUUAAUAUUUCAUGACCGGUUUAAAAAUGAAAACUAGGUGAAGUAAACAAGAAAAACUGCAUCACUGGCAAUAAUUAUAUCUAAUAUUACUUUUGGAAUCCGGUGCACAGAAAUUAUCACCCAGGCAAUGGUGGAACAGGCCCUAGGAUUAGAUGGGGAAAUAUUCUAAAAUUAUUUGAAAAACUCCUAAUGAGAAUAAGACAUAACCAAGAAAUUAAUAGCGAAUGACGUAAUAUGAGUUCUCUCUAGAAUUGCAAUUACACGUAAUAAAAAUGGCACCUGAUUAAUAAUGUUGCAAGCGCGAGAUCCUGCAUGAAACAAUCAACUGAACUUCAUCUGCACGGGCUUUUGAUAAAAAAUAUUGCGUUUAGAAUUGCAUUGCACGUUGUCUUGCAUAAUGCUUUGCUCAUUGUCAAGUAUCAAAAGCAGUUUUAUGUCUUUGAAUAUUCAGAUGAAAGCUAAGGGACACAAAUACGAUAAUAGAGUUAACGAAACGAAUGUUGUAGCUGCAAAGUAUUGGUGUCAUAUUUCCACAUUUCUUUUGAUUAAACAUUUAACUCCUCUCCAAACACAACAAACUUUGUUUACUGCCAAAUUCCUAGAGCUGAAUAUAUAUCUUAUAAAUGUGAAUUGAAUCAAAAUAGGUAUUUUGAGAUUAUUUCCAAACUUGUGUUCGAUUUAUAAUAAGUGUAUAUGAUAUAACUUUGUAAGGCUCUAUAAGAGUUAUUGGUUUGCUCACCUUCAACUUUUUAAUUUUAAGAAUCGAAUAAAAUAUCAUUUUUUAUCCGUCUUUAGAUGUUUCUUCUCAUAUAACGAUUACUUAAAUCUUUAUCCACUUAGAUCUGAUUCUCCCUUUCAUUCUCAUACCUCAAGUUCACAAUGUAGCUUUGAAUGGCUGAUUACACAAUUUCCCCAUAAAUGGCAGAGCCAUUUUUUCUCUAUCUAUGAUUUUUCCUCAAUAUUUCAUACUUUAUACGUUACAAAUAUUCUCAUUAGUUUUCGUACCACUAUUCUUAGUUCUUUUCCCUCUCUUCUUAUUAUUGUCAUCGUUUUUGCUCCAUAUAUCAUCUUAUCAUUGGUGACCCUUGUUUAUCUUUGCUAGUCAGUUUCUCAUUAGUAUGGUAUGUUCUGUUGUCAAAAAAAUAUAACUCCUAAUCAAAAUCACAAACCAUAUCAUCACUAACAGACCUAACAAAUAUACUUGGGAACAUAUGCAUGCGAAUUGUUGUGUCUGCAGUAUACAGAUUGAAGUACCUUACUAAUGAUGUAUGAAAAGUAUUACAUUUGAUUGUCCUGUGAUUGCUAAUUCUCACUUUUUAUUAUAAUCGAUUAUUAUACGAGAGCGUAACUCGAGUAGUUUAAGGAUUACGUCGAGUUACGAGUGAAAAAUAAUCGAUUAUUUUUCAUUGAUGGAUCGGUACUCAUUACGAUUAUAUAAUAGAUGAACCGAUAAUCAAAAAUCAUUUAUUUUAUAUAAAUAUUGAACGUACAAUUACACGUAAUUAGUGAAACGAUUGUUGCUUUCUAAUUGCACAAUUUGAGAACCUAACGAACACCUAACGCAUUUCGAAAUUGUCGUUUUUUAUGUCUGUGCGUUAAACUAACUUACAUUUUUUUCUUGCCCAUUUUUUCAACGAUGUUCAAUGCUCGAGGGACUCUAAUGAGUUUGCUUUAUAUUUUGUCAAAUUGCUGAUAGCGCAGGAGUCAUUGGAAUCAUACCUUAUUAUCAAUUCCAAUCUUCCUAUUGGACAAUUUUUGUAUCAAAUUCAUAUCUUCUUCCAAUCCAGAUUUAUGGUUAAGAACAAUCGUUUUGAUAUUCGAUGUUCUUUUCUCAACAUCUACUGUAUUAAAAUUACUAGGUAUAACGGUGCUUUAUAGCUACGCAACGUAAGUUUUCAUCAUAGUUUUUCUGAUCACUUCAGAGCUCCAGAACUGAAUUCUCUUUUCUCUGGAAGCGUUUGCUCUCUUCUUUUGGUCGUACGUGUGUUUCUGAUAUCCUGGUUUUCACAACUUCUUACGUUUAAUAGAUGCUCGCUUAAUAUUGCCAUUUCUUAAGAAUACGUGCUCGUUCGAAAUCUCUUCAAGAAAUUAAUGUUUUUGUUCCACACUGAAUCCCGAAAACUUUUUGAACGUAAUUUUGCGUUUCCAGCAUGUUUAGAUGCAAUUGUUUCGCUUAAUUCUAAACUUAAAGCGAUUCAUUACGAUUUUAAGACGGUUUAUGACAAAGAAACUUCAAAAAGUGAUUUUUAUCACAACACACAUUGUUGUUGGUGGAAAAAUCAAAUAACAGUAGAUUAGAACAAGUCGAUGUACGGCAUACUGUAUACUUCAAUUCAUCUAUAAUUGCUGAUUCAUACCAUACCCUUUGUCUUCGCCAGUGCUCUUCUGAAAGGUUUUUGAACUAUCAUAUACAGCUGGAUAUAUUUUCAACUUUUCUUUUAUAAUAGAUAUUCCUUCUCUAUACUCUACAUAAUCUUGACAUUUUCGACAGUACUCUACUCUAUUAGUACUUAAUUUCAAACAAAAUGAUAUACAAACGUUGUUAUCAAACCACAUACUUCAUACAUAUCGUACUGGAGGAUUAUGAAAGAACAAAUUAGUACCGAUUUUUCAAAUCAAAUAUUUUGAAGUGAUGAAAACCGCUUCCACGCACAUUAUUGGUCGAAUAGUUGCCCAAAAGUUUAGGGUAAAAAUGUGUGGAGAGUGGUUUUGUUUAAGAAAUUUUUUCACCCCAUAAGUGUAUAUGUAAAUAGAUUUUAAGAAGGUGUCUUGUGACCUAUUCCACUGAGAUCUUUUCAGAUAUAUUCCGCUUCUUCAAAUUAAGAUUACAUUCUUCUUAGGAAGCAUUACAACCUAGAGACUGAAUAUUUCAUGUAUUUUUCGUUACUAGUAACUUUUAUCGUUACGUACAGUAUUUUUAAUAUACUGUUGCAGUUAUAUAGAACGUGCAUUGCAGUUUCUUCCUCUCACAUAAUUUACAUAAGGAUUUCUUUGUUAACACUAUCAAUUUUAGAUGCCUCUUGAGUUCAAAAUGUCUUGUUAACUCACUUUGACUGUUUUUUCCUGCAUUUAUUUUCGAUUAUAUCGUUACUUUAGUCGAUUGUUCUAAUAUUUUGACUUGAUGAAUUCAUUCGCCAUUAUCUUGUACUUCAUCCAUUUCUUUGAUUAAUUUUGCAAGAUCCAACAUAACUAAUUUACUUGGUCUUGAACAGUGGAGGUGAGGAGUCCACGUGGGCUGUCGGUUUCUUAGACCGAAUCUUAAUUUGGUUUGAGUGCCGUGCGUAUUUAUGAAAUAUUGAUUGUUCCUCGUAUAACUGUCUUCUGCAAUUAAUAUUGGAAUAACUAUAACUAUCACAGCUAUCAAAUGUAAUAUAAUUUUCAUGUUAUUGUGAAGGUAUUUCUAAGAUAUUGACAGCCGUUUAUUUUAUGAUUUAAUUAAUUUCUCUAAAUGUACAUAUUCAUUCAUGAUUGGGUUUUCAACAACUCAACCUAAUAUACUAUGAAUAUACACAUAUAGGUAUAUUUGAAAUAUGUAAAGUGAUGUACCAAUUUUAUACUUAAAUAAAAAAUCAUAUUAAUAUAUACUAAUUAUAAACAAAACUUAAACAUUUCGUUACAUAUUGGGUAUCUAGAAAAUUUUUAAUUCUAAUUCUGUAUAAAUAUAAACACGUAUAAGUUAUGUAUCAAUCUAUAUAAUACAUCAUACAAUUUACGUUUGUCUGGAAUACAUGAAGUUUAUACAGAAUUGAAGAUAUAGUAUAUUUAUGGUUUGUUCUGUAUUUACAGAAAUAUAUUCUUAAUGUAAAUCUACAUGAGAUAUACAUAGUAUAUACUGUGUUGAUUGCCUCGUUAUAUAAUAAUAUGAAAUAAAAUUGACUGUUGACAUUUUGAUAUUAUUUAACAGUUGUAAAUAAACUUGUUGAAAUGUGGCAUCUUUUUAUGGACAUUAUGAAUGAGUGGAAACCAAGUUUCAAGACUUAUUAGUCGUAAUUAUAUAUAUUUUAAAUUAUAAUAUAUUUAUUUAUACAUAUGUAUCUAAUUUAAUUUUAAUUGUGAAUUAACAUAGGAAAUUAUAAUUAU